GAAAAUAAAACAUUAUAAUUCCAUGUUUUUUUAUUAACCGGGUAAAAUUCUAAUAAAAAUUUAAUUGGCAAAAUAUGCAAAAUUAAGAGUGAAAUGCGCGCAAUUAUGGCGAGAAUCGAAAAUAUUAUUAAAAAUUUAUGGGGAAAUUUAUUAUUUUUAAAAGAAUGGUUAUUUUACCUAAUCUCUAUCUUAUCCCUCAGAUCUUUUAUUUUAAAUAAAAUUCCGUUACGUAUUGAAAUUGAGCAUCUCCGAGUUCGAGAAACACCCUCCCAUCUUCUACUAUUAUUUAACAUAUAG